GGCGCGGGCGCGGAUGGACGAACGAAGGCGCAAGUCGCGGCGGAGGAGGACGCGCUGCAGAAGGAGCUCGGAUUCGGGACGCACGUGGACGGGGAGGAUCGAAUCGGGUGGAUGAUAAAUGCGAGCAGCACGCAAGUGGAGGAUAAGGAGAGCGGGAAGGCGUACGCGGCGGUGAAUUGUUACUUUAUGGCGCAGGACGGGUCGACGUUCAAGGCGCAGGUCAAGUACGCGCCGUACUUCUAUCUCGCCACGAAGACUGGGUGCGAGCACGAGGUGGAGGCGCUGUUGAGGAGGAAAUACGGCGAACAAGUGCUGGACGUGGAGAUGGUGGAUAAGGAGGAUUUGGAUUUGAAGAAUCACCUGAGCGGAUUGCAGCAGACGUAUUUGAAGGUUUCGUUCGCGACGACGCAAGAGCUCAUGGACGUGCGCAGAGAAAUCUUGCCCAUAGUGUCCAAGAAUAAGAAGAAAUCGUCCGCGGCGGCGGCGUACGAAGCGUUGUCGCACCAGGAAAGCCUGGACGCGGGGAUCAAGCCGAAGAAGAAGGCGUUGACGGAUUACGAAGAGGCGAUGAUUGACAUUCGCGAGUACGACGUGCCGUAUCACAUGAGAUACAUGAUCGACACCGACGUGCGAUGCGGGAAAUGGUACAGCGUGCGCGCCGAGCACGGCGCGGUGACGCUGACGUUGCAAGAGCAAAUGUUAGAUCGCGGUGAAGUUCGCGUGUGCGCGUUCGAUAUCGAAACCACCAAGCUUCCGUUAAAGUUUCCAGACGCCGAGCACGACCAGGUGUUUAUGAUUUCGUACAUGUUGGACGGCCAAGGGUAUUUGAUAAUCAACCGUGAAAUCGUGAGCGAGGACGUAGAAGAUUUCGAGUACACGCCAAAGCCCGAGUACAAAGGCCCGUUCAUCGUUUGGAACGUGCCGAACGAGCAAGCGCUCAUCCGCACGUGGUUUGAUCAUAUGCGCGAGACGCAACCGAGCAUUUACGUCACGUACAACGGUGAUUAUUUCGAUUUCCCAUUCAUCGAAACUAGAGCGACUAAGAACGGGAUGGAUAUGUACCGUGAGAUUGGUUUCAAGUGCGAACAGUCGGGUGAAUGUCGAAGUAAUUCUGCGCUGCACCUGGAUUGCUUCGCGUGGGUGAAGCGCGAUUCCUACCUCCCCGCCGGAUCGCACGGCUUGAAGGCGGUGACCAAGGCAAAGUUAAAGUACGAUCCGGUCGAAGUGGACCCGGAAGACAUGUUACCGUACGCGCAAAGUCACCCUCAGAUGAUGGCGUCGUAUUCCGUUUCCGAUGCCGUGAGUACGUACUACUUGUACAUGAAGUACGUGCACCCUUUCAUCUUUGCGCUGUCGACGAUUAUUCCGCUCUCGCCGGACGAAGUCCUUCGCAAAGGUUCCGGUACCCUGUGCGAGGCUUUGCUCAUGGUUGAGGCGUACCACGGAAACAUCGUUUGCCCGAACAAACAAGUCAGCGCCGGUGAAAAAUACUACGAAGGUCACCUCUUGAAUAGUGAAACGUACAUCGGCGGUCACGUGGAGUGUCUCGAGGCGGGCGUGUUCCGUUCAGACAUCCCGUGCGACUUCAAGUUGAAUCCAGAAGGGUAUCAGAGACUACUUGACAAUCUCGACGACGAUUUGGACUACGCCCUUCGGGUCGAAGGAAAAGGUCUGGGGAAGGAUGACUGCGCAGAUUACGAUGAGAUUCGUGCGCAAAUCGCCGAGAAGCUCGAGUACCUUCGCGACAACCCAAAUUUGAACAUGGAACCGCUGAUUUAUCACUUGGACGUAGCAGCAAUGUACCCGAACAUUAUUUUGACGAACCGCUUGCAGCCGGCGGCUAUCGUCAAUGAGGAUGUAUGCGCCGCGUGCGAUUACAACCGACCGGGUAAGGGAUGCCUGCGUGAGAUGGAAUGGGUUUGGCGCGGCGAGCACUUUGCCUCGACGUCGAGCGAGUAUGCCGCCAUCAAGGCGCAAUUGCAAGUUGAUAAGUUUGCGCCGUCUCAUCCCGGUGGCCCACAACGAACGUGGGCUGAACUUCCGUACGAAGAGCAACAAGAGCAGAAGAAGCAGCGCCUGAAGUUGUAUACGCAAAAAGUUUAUAGAAAGGUUAUGGAGAAACCGGUGACGGCGACGAAAAAGGCGAGUAUCUGCAUGCGAGAAAACCCAUUCUACAUCGACACCGUGAAGGCGUUUCGUGAUCGUCGCUACGUGUACAAAGGGGAGAAUAAGAAGUGGAAGAACAAUUUGGACGAAGCGAAACAGAGCGGGAACAUCAUCGAAAUCCAAAAGGCGGCAAAUAUGGUUGUGUUGUAUGAUUCGCUUCAGCUGGCGCACAAGUGUAUUUUGAACUCCUUUUACGGCUACGUCAUGCGUAAAGGCGCGCGGUGGUAUUCGAUGGAGAUGGCUGGGGUCGUCACGAACACAGGUGCAAAGAUUAUUCAAAUGGCGAAGCAACUGGUGGAUGACAUCGGCAAGCCGCUUGAAUUGGAUACGGAUGGUAUUUGGUGCUGCUUGCCCCGCGCUUUCCCGGAGACAUUCACGUUUACGCUCCCAAAUAAGAACAAAGGAUACAAGAUUUCGUACCCGUGCGUCGUUCUCAAUCGUAUGACUGCGCUGCAGAAUACGAACGACCAGUACCAAACGUUGAAGGUGGUCGAUGGCAAGUCCUCGUACGAGGUUUCCUCAGAAAUGAGCAUCGAGUUUGAAGUCGACGGUCCGUAUAAGGCGAUGAUUCUUCCAGCUUCUAAGGAAGAGGGCGUGCUCAUUAAAAAACGAUACGCCGUGUUCAACGAGGACGGCUCGUUGGAAGAAUUGAAAGGAUUCGAACUCAAGCGUCGAGGCGAGCUCAAGUUGAUCAAAGUCUUCCAAGCGGAGGUGUUUGACUACUUUUUGAAGGGCGAGACGCUGGAAGAGGUGUACAAAGCUGUCGGAAACAUCGGCAAUCGUUGGUUUGACAUGCUCAAAACGCAAGGCAGGAACUUUGACGACGAAGAGCUCUUAGAGUUCAUUUCUGAAUCGAGCGUCAUGAGCAAACCCGCCAUCGAUUACGGCGAUCGCAAGUCGACGUCUCUCACCACAGCGCAUCGUCUGUCCCAAUUCCUCGGCGCCGAUUUGAUUAAGGACAAGGGUCUUGUGUGUAAGUACAUCAUCUCGAAGAAACCGCUCGGAGCUCCGACGUCGGCACGGGCUAUUCCAGUGAGUAUUUUCAACGCCGAAACGGCCGUGGCGCGCGCAUACUUGAAGGAGUGGACCAAGGACGCGCUUCCAGGCGCCGACGACGAAAUGCCAAACAUGCGCGAGAUGGUGGAUUGGGAAUACUACAAGACGCGUCUUGCUGGGGCCAUUCAGAAAAUCAUCAGCAUCCCUGCGGCUUUACAGGGCGUAGAAAACCCAUGCCCAGACGUGAAGCAUCCCGAUUGGUUGCACAAGCGCAUUCGAGAAAAGAAUGACAAGUUUUCUCAGCGCAACUUGAAGACGAUGUUUCAGACGCAAUUCGCGAAUGGUGCGCCGCUUGCGGGUAAAGAUUUGAAUAUUCUCGACAUCGAGGACGGCGGCGCCAAGUCGACGCCAACUCGUCCGCGCGUUAGAACGUUUCGAAGAGAUGGUGAUGCACCGCAAACGCCGGACCAACGGGCGACGCCUUCUGGAGAAGCGCCGAAGACUCCAGGUUCGGCCAGCGCUAGCGCGGCGGCACCGGACAGAGCGACCGAUUACGACGGCUGGUUGAAGCAUUACAAAUCCAAAUGGAAAACUCUGCGCGCAAAUAUCAAGCGCGAACGCGUCGAGGACGAAAAAGAGCGAGCUCAGAUUGAACGCGAGGGAGGCGUCAUGCGAAGAAAGAGACGAUCGGGUGCAUUCGGUCUCGAAUCCUUUGUGGAAUCACGCGAGGAAACGAUCGCACACUCGACGAUGCACAUCAUCCAGGUGGAACAAACGCAAGUCCCAGGAAUUUUUGCCGUCUGGGUGCUAGUGAACGGUACGAUGCAAGUCAUCAAGGUGGACGUGCCCCGUCGCCUCGUCAUCGCCACGCGCGAAACGGAUCGCGAAGGCGAUCUCGGCUUGGAAGGAAAGCGACGAAUCACGGCAACUCUUCCGCGCGGUUUCAUCGCGCCCCACUUGUACGAAAUUAACGUGCAAGAGCGAAAUUUCGCGAGUGGGUUGGAAAUUGCUGCGCUUUUGGCAGACCCGUCUGUCAUCGGCGUAUACGAAAAGAACGUGCCUUUGAUUGAUAGAUUCAUUUACAACAUCGGUUGCGUCAUGGCGGUGAAAAAGUCGGAACAAAAGCGAGCGCUCGAUAUUGGCGACGAGUCCUAUGGCAUGAACAUGUUUCAAAUGAAGGCGACGGCUGAAGUCAGCUCGUAUUUGCCGAAAUUGUCCCACAUCACGUUCUACUUUGCUGGAGUUUCUGGUGAUAAAGGACGUGGAAUUUACGUGCUGCACAACAGCCGCGAAAGCAAAGGCACGGUGAUCGUUCAUCAACCGGGUAAAGGUGUUCGAGAGGUCACCCCCGAGCUUUGGUCGUCGUUUAUGCACUCGAUGAGCGGAGACGAGCAAACUGACGACGAAGCGAGAGCAGAAGCCGCCUCGAAAUGGAACGUGUUGUACGCGAGAAACAUGGAACAAGUUGGCAAGCAUUUGAACCACGCUAUCGGCGCCUACAUUUCCGCAUCUAGCGGUGGUACGGUGCUUCUCGUUCAAGCUCCCCCAGGCGCCGGCGUCGAUCCGGCUCAAGACACUUCGUCCGUGCGAGAAGGUUUGGCUGGGAGAUUGAGCGCCUUGAUGCCCGCCUCUGGACGUCUUCCCAUCGUUUUCAGGCCGCCAAAUCUUUCGGACAGUGACUUGAGCACAGAUGCAGCCCGGGGAUGGCAACUUGAUGCCGCGAAAAUUGCUUCGGCGCGCGUCGUCGAAAGCGCCGAGUGGUUGAAGGAGCACGUCGAGAUUGCGAGUUAUGCGCACAUCCCCGUGGGCAACUUGAAAUCGGAUUGGUGGGUGCACACCGCGGACGCGUUCUUCGCCCGCACAUUGCACGACGCCGAACAGGUGUUGUGGACUGGCCCCGGUGGCGAGCCUGAUUUGGGUGGCGGCGCGAGCGCCGUGUCUCUGAGCGGAUUGGACGAUGCAUACGGUGCGUCGCGCAUGGAAGUCACCGCGCCCGGCGCUUAUCGCAGCGUUUGUGUGGAAUUGCAAGUGCAUCACUUGGCUGUGUGCGCCAUUUCCAAGUCUAGCAUUUUGAACGAUCUCGAGCAAGGCGCACUGUUGGGCUUCGAGACUGGCACCAAGGGCACGACGCGCAUGGGCGGACACGAAGCUGCGGGCGCGUUCAAGACGCUGAACAAGCUCGUCGAUAAUUGGCUCCGCGACGCAACUGAUCAUCACAAUACAUACGCGGAUCAAUUGCUUUCGCAGAUUCAUCGCUGGCUCUUUAGCCCGUCUUCGGCGUUGCGCGAUCCGGCGUUGAAGAACUUGGUCGAGCUCUGCAUGAAGAAAGUCUUCACCUUGCUGUUGGCUGAACUUCGCAAGCUUCAAGUCGAAGUCGUGUACGCGGACAUGCGAAGAAUCAUCAUCGCGACUGGCAAGCACGAUCUCGCGAGUGCUUCCGCAUGCGUGGAAGGUCUCAAGACUGCCCUGCACCAGCGUGAACUCUUCUCAUGGCUGCAACUCGAUCGAGUCAAGCAAUGGCACUCGCUUCUGUUUCGUGGACCGUUCGAUUACGCCGGGAUUUCCGCCGUCAACCUUCCGGGCGAGAGCCAUGAAGGUGCGCUGGACAUGCACUGGAACAUCGCACGAUUCCUACCCGAGGCGAUUCAAGAUCACUUUCACGCCAUAAUCGGCGAGUUCUUAUUGUUGCCUUGGAAGCACGACAAGGAGGAAAGCGACGACAAGGUGAUUUGGUUGGAGCAACAACUCGAAUCGCACUUCGGGCCGAAAUUGCUGCGUUACGCACAGGAUAUCCAACGAGUCCUCGGACUCGCCGGUCCGCGCUCGCCGCCCGAGCACCAAUUCCCUUCGCCACCUGGCGCAAACCUGUCCAAGAAGCUUCGUGGCACGCCAGCGUUGGCGUUUGUGAGAACGGUGAUUGCCGUGUUGUCGCUCGACGCUCGCGUCGAGGGUCCGGUGUCGUUGCUCCGACGAAACGCGCUCAAGAUGAUUCAAGUCGCCGAAUUCUCCCCUGAGGCAGAGUUCGUCGAGCCAUGCGUCUCUUUUACGCUCCGAGACGUUAUUUGCUCCGCUUGCUCUGAUUGCAGAGACUUGGAUCUCUGCCGUGACCCAGACCUCGCCGCCGGUCACUGGGCGUGCACGGCGCGCGACGACGAUCACGGCCCGCCGUGCGGUCAACCGUACGACAUGCAAUGGAUCGAAGGCGCUCUCGUCGCCGAGGUGAACGAGCGCGUUCGAAAAUAUCAGCUUCAAGACCUCAAAUGCGCGCGCGACGGCCGCAUCAAGGUGGGACAUCUCGCCAAUCGCUGCGCCUGCGGCGGUUUGUACGCGUGCUCCGCCAAGCCCGGCGCGCUCGGCGACGACUUGCGCGUCUUUUCCAACAUCGCCGACGCGCACGAUUUCAAAAUCUUGCGCGACACCGUGGAUUGGGUG